GGAGGAAUGUAGGUUAGGAUUGGUUAACUAGAAGGGGGUUGUGCAAACAUAUGAAUACCCAACAGUCUCUUACAGUCUAUUUUUCUUGUCCCCAACAGGCUGCCUGCUUUGUUUCCUGCACAAUGUUCUGGGCAAACCAAACAAAGCUGUUAGUCCUCCUGGUGCUCCUAUUUCUGGCUUUUCUCUUGUUUCAGCCAUUUUACUGCCCCAGUCACUCACCUGGUCUAAUAAGAAAGUCAAGCCAAAAGCAUGUAUUGAUCUUGUCUACCUGUCGCUCGGGCUCCUCCUUUGUGGGCCAGCUCUUCAGCCAGCACCCGGAUGUCUUUUACCUGAUGGAGCCGGCCUGGCACGUGUGGAUGAACCUCUCCUGUGCUAAUGCUGGGCAGCUGCAGAUGGCUGUGAGAGACCUGGUUCGAUCAGUCUUCCUCUGUGACAUGAGUGUCUUUGAUGCUUACAUGGCCUGGGGUCCAAGGAAACAGUCCAAUCUCUUCCUAUGGCAGACUAGUAGGGCUCUGUGUUCCCCACCUGCGUGCCAUCUCUUUAAUAGGGAAGCCAUCAUCCCCCCAGCUGACUGCAAGACUCUAUGUAGCAAGCAGCCCUUCAGCAACGUACAAGAAGCCUGUAGAUCCUACAGUCAUGUGGUAAUCAAGGAGGUGCGCUUCUUCAGCCUGAAGCCCCUCCACCCACUGCUGACUGACCCCUCCCUCAACCUGAAGAUCAUUCACCUUAUACGAGACCCCAGGGCUGUGUUUCGUUCUCGACAAAACACUGAACAGGAUAUGAUGCAUGACAACCAUAUGAUCUUGGGAAAGCAAUGGAACACAAUAAAGAAAGAAGACCGUCCCUAUUACAUGAUGAAAAUCAUCUGCCAAAGCCACAAGGAGAUCUACGAGGCAGCUCAGUUGCUACCAGACUCCCUCAGGGAACGCUACCUGCUGAUACGCUAUGAGGACUUGGUUCAGGACCCACUGACCCAAACUGCCAAAUUGUAUGAAUUUGCAGGGUUACCCUUCCUGCCUCAUCUCCAAAUCUGGGUGCAUAACCUCACACAGGGCAAGGGCAUGGGAAAGCAUCCCUUUGACACAGACUCCAGGAAUGCCCGAAACAUUUCUCAGGCCUGGCGUUGGUCCUUACCACAUGACAAGGUAGUCAAAUUACAGAAAAUUUGUAAUGAUACUAUGGACCUCAUGGGCUACCUUCCCAUAUUGUCUGAGGAAGACCAGAGAAAUUUAUCAAUGGCUGUUCUUUCCACCCUUGAGCUCCCCUAAUACUGUGCAAACACAUGAUUUGAGUGAUGGUCUGGUUUUGUACAAUGGCUAUGGUCAGCUGAAUGCUUUGGAGUCUAAAUGUGUUUUUCAAUGAAUAUGUUGUUGUAUGUGACUACACGUGGCUGAACCAGAUGAGGUGAGAUCUUUCAAGACAGUUGUGAAAAUCGAGUAAAGCUUCAUCUACUUCAGAGUUUUGAGUAG